GGCAUCUAGCUACUGGUCCCACAUACUGUUGGUAUCGGAUUCUCCGUCUCUCACUCGUAUAUAAACUCUCAUUUCUCUGCAUCUUUCCGCACAAUAAUUUCAGAUCCGUAACUCAGCUCGAUACACUGCACCGAAACAUGGGUUUGAGGGAAGAAUUUGAAGAGCAUGCUGAGAAAGCUAAGACCUUGCCCGAGAACACUUCGAACGAAACUAAGCUCAUUCUGUAUGGACUCUACAAGCAAGCCACAGUUGGAAAUGUCAACACGAGUCGUCCUGGUAUGUUUAACAUGAGGGACAGGGCGAAGUGGGAUGCAUGGAAGGGUGUUGAAGGCAAAUCUGCAGAGCAAGCCAUGAAUGACUACAUCACCAAGGUGAAGCAGUUGUUUGAAGAAUCUGGAGUUUCGUGCUGAUUACAAGGUGUCAUCGUCUACAAGUUACUCGUGAUGUAUGUCUAAAAUAAGUUUUUGAAGUAAGUUAUCAACUGGGGUGUUUAUGCUUGAAUUAAAUGGAGUUCAGUUAUUCAGACAGUGCUGUAUCAUUGUUACUCUGAAAAUUCUAUUAUCAUAUUUAUUCAGACAGUGUUGUGAUUGA